GGGGCGGCGAGGAGGCGGCGGCAGGAGCCCGCGCCCGGCCCGGCGCCCGCCCGCCCCGCGCUGCUCCGCGGCGCCUUUUCUGCACCCGCCGCUCCGCGGAGCGGGAGCCUCGGCCCCUCCGCGCCGCUGCCUCGAACUGCCCCGAGCCCGGCCAGGCCCCCGCCUUAGGGAUGGCAAACUUGCGCCCCGUGGCUGCCUCCGCCAGCGCCGGCCCCCGCUCCUGCUGCUGACGGCGCCCAGGGCAAGGGACAUAGGAUGACCCCAGCCUGUCCCCUCUUACUAUCUGUGAUUCUGUCCCUGCGCCUGGCCGCCGCCUUCGACCCCGCCCCCAGCGCCUGCUCCGCCCUGGCCUCGGGCGUGCUCUACGGGGCCUUCUCACUGCAGGACCUCUUCCCCACCAUCGCCUCGGGCUGCUCCUGGACCCUGGAGAACCCCGACCCCACCAAGUACUCCCUCUACCUGCGCUUCAACCGCCAGGAGCAGGUGUGCACUCACUUCGCCCCCCGUCUGCUGCCCCUGGACCACUAUCUGGUCAACUUCACCUGCCUGCGGCCUAGCCCCGAGGAGGCGGCGGGGGCCCGGGCUGAGGCUGAGGCCGAGGCCGAGGCGGGGCAGCCAGAGGAGGAAGAGGAGGCGGCAGCGGGGCUGGAGCUGUGCGGCGGCUCGGGCCCCUUCACCUUCCUGCACUUCGACAAGAACUUCGUACAGCUGUGCCUGUCGGCAGAGCCCUCAGAGGCCCCACGCCUGCUAGCGCCCGCCGCCCUGGCCUUCCGCUUCGUCGAGGUCUUGCUCAUCAACAACAACAACUCCAGCCAGUUCACCUGCGGCGUCCUCUGCCGCUGGAGCGAGGAGUGCGGCCGCGUGGCCGGCCGGGCCUGUGGCUUCGCCCAGCCCGGCUGCAGCUGCCCCGGGGAGGCGGGGGCCGCUCCCGCCACCACCACGCCUCCAGGCCCUCCUGCUGCCCACACUCUGUCCAAUGCCCUGGUGCCUGGGGGCCCGGCCCCUCCCGCUGAGGCCGAUUUACAUUCAGGGAGCAGCAAUGACCUGUUUACCACCGAGAUGAGAUAUGGUGAGGAGCCGGAAGAGGAACCCAAGGUGAAAACCCAGUGGCCAAGGUCUGCAGAUGAGCCUGGGCUAUACAUGGCGCAGACAGGCGACCCGGCGGCCGAGGAGUGGUCCCCGUGGAGCGUGUGUUCUCUGACGUGUGGGCAGGGUCUGCAGGUGCGGACCCGCUCCUGCGUGUCCUCCCCCUAUGGGACCCUGUGCAGCGGGCCCCUGCGGGAGACCCGGCCCUGCAACAAUUCGGCCACCUGCCCAGUGGAAGGCCAGUGGCUAGAAUGGGGUCCCUGGGGCCCGUGCUCCACCUCCUGUGCCAAUGGGACCCAGCAGCGCAGCCGGAAGUGCAGUGUGGCAGGCCCAGCCUGGGCGACGUGUACAGGGGCACUCACAGACACCCGUGAGUGCAGCAACCUCGAAUGCCCGGCCGCGGAUAGCAAGUGGGGGCCGUGGAACGCAUGGAGCCUGUGCUCCAAGACGUGCGACACGGGCUGGCAGCGCCGCUUUCGCAUGUGCCAGGCCUCGGGUGCACAGGGCUACCCCUGUGAGGGCACCGGAGAGGAGGUGAAGCCUUGCAGCGAGAAGAGGUGUCCAGCCUUCCAUGAGAUGUGCAGGGAUGAGUAUGUGAUGCUGAUGACGUGGAAGAAGGCAGCUGCUGGCGAGAUCAUUUACAACAAGUGCCCCCCCAACGCCUCAGGGUCUGCCAGCCGCCGCUGUCUCCUCAGUGCCCAGGGCGUGGCAUACUGGGGUCUGCCCAGCUUCGCCCGCUGCAUCUCCCACGAGUACCGCUACCUGUACCUGUCUCUUCGGGAGCACCUGGCCAAAGGGCAGCGCAUGCUGGCAGGCGAGGGCAUGUCACAGGUGGUGCGCAGCCUGCAGGAGCUGCUGGCCCGGCGCACUUACUACAGUGGGGACCUGCUCUUCUCCGUGGACAUUCUCCGGAACGUCACGGACACCUUCAAGAGGGCCACCUAUGUGCCCUCGGCUGAUGACGUGCAGCGCUUCUUCCAGGUGGUGAGCUUCAUGGUGGACGCAGAGAACAAAGAGAAGUGGGAUGACGCUCAGCAGGUAUCCCCUGGCUCUGUGCACCUGCUGCGUGUCGUGGAGGACUUCAUUCACCUGGUGGGCGAUGCCCUCAAGGCCUUCCAGAGCUCUCUGAUUGUCACAGACAACCUGGUGAUCAGCAUUCAGCGUGAACCAGUCUCGGCUGUGUCCAGUGACAUCACAUUCCCCAUGCGCGGCCGCAGGGGCAUGAAGGACUGGGUGCGGCAUUCGGAGGACCGCCUUUUCCUACCUAAGGAGGUGCUCAGCCUCUCCUCCCCGGGGAAGCCAGUUGUCUCUGGCCCAGCGGGCAGCCCUGGCAGGGGGAGGGGCCCAGGAACCGUGCCCCCUGGCCCCGGCCACUCCCACCAGCGCCUCCUGCCGGCAGACCCCGAGGAGUCGUCCUCCUACUUUGUGAUCGGUGCUGUGCUCUACCGCACGCUUGGCCUCAUCCUGCCUCCCCCCAGACCCCCACUGGCCGUCACAUCCAGGGUGAUGACAGUGACCGUGCGGCCACCCACCCAGCCACCAGCUGAGCCCCUAAUCACAGUGGAGCUUUCGUACAUCAUCAACGGUACCACGGAUCCCCACUGCGCCAGCUGGGACUACUCCAGAGCAGAUGCCAGCUCAGGGGACUGGGACACCGAGAGCUGCCAGACGCUGGAGACACAAGCAGCCCACACUCGCUGCCAGUGCCAGCACCUGUCCACCUUUGCUGUGUUGGCCCAGCCGCCCAAGGACCUGACCCUGGAGCUGGCAGGCUCCCCCUCGGUCCCCCUCGUGAUCGGCUGUGCCGUGUCCUGCAUGGCACUGCUCACCCUCCUUGCCAUCUACGCCGCCUUCUGGAGGUUCAUAAAAUCCGAGCGCUCCAUCAUCUUGCUGAACUUCUGCCUGUCCAUCCUGGCUUCCAACAUCCUGAUCCUCGUGGGCCAGUCCCGGGUGCUGAGCAAGGGUGUCUGCACCAUGACUGCCGCCUUCUUGCACUUCUUCUUCCUCUCCUCCUUCUGCUGGGUGCUCACGGAGGCCUGGCAAUCCUACCUGGCUGUCAUCGGACGGAUGCGUACCCGCCUCGUUCGCAAGCGCUUCCUCUGCCUGGGCUGGGGUCUGCCGGCCCUGGUGGUGGCUGUGUCUGUCGGCUUUACCCGCACCAAAGGAUACGGUACAUCCAGCUACUGCUGGCUCUCCCUGGAGGGCGGCCUGCUCUAUGCCUUUGUGGGCCCUGCAGCUGUCAUUGUCCUGGUGAAUAUGCUCAUUGGGAUCAUCGUCUUCAACAAACUCAUGGCACGUGAUGGCAUCUCCGACAAGUCCAAGAAGCAGAGGGCCGGGUCGGAGCGGUGCCCCUGGGCCAGCCUGCUCCUCCCCUGCUCAGCGUGUGGAGCGGUCCCCAGCCCCCUGCUCAGCUCAGCCUCGGCCAGGAACGCCAUGGCCUCGCUCUGGAGCUCCUGCGUGGUGCUGCCGCUGCUGGCGCUCACCUGGAUGUCGGCCGUCCUGGCCAUGACAGACCGGCGCUCCGUCCUCUUCCAGGCUCUCUUUGCGGUCUUCAACUCCGCGCAGGGUUUCGUCAUCACAGCAGUGCACUGCUUCCUGCGCCGGGAGGUCCAGGACGUGGUGAAGUGCCAGAUGGGCGUGUGCCGGGCGGAUGAAAGUGAAGACUCCCCGGACUCCUGUAAGAACGGGCAGCUGCAGAUCCUGUCAGACUUUGAAAAGGAUGUGGAUCUGGCCUGUCAGACAGUUCUGUUCAAGGAGGUCAACACUUGCAACCCAUCUACCAUCACGGGCACACUCUCCCGCCUGUCCCUGGACGAGGACGAGGAGCCCAAGUCCUGCCUCGUGGGUCCUGAGGGCGGCCUCAGCUUCUCACCGCUGCCCGGGAAUAUCCUGGUGCCCAUGGCGGCCUCGCCAGGGCUGGGGGAGCCCCCGCCCCCGCAGGAGGCCAACCCCGUGUACAUGUGUGGUGAAGGCGGCCUGCGGCAGCUGGAUCUCACAUGGCUGCGGCCCGAGCCGGGCUCCGAGGGGGACUACAUGGUGCUGCCCCGGCGGACUCUGAGCCUGCAGCCCGGCAGCGGGGGUGGAGCUGGCGAAGAACCCCCAAGGGCCCGGCCCGAGGGCACCCCUCGGCGCGCUGCCAAGACGCUGCCCCACCCUGAAGGCUACCCCAGCUUCCUGUCUGUGGACCACUCAGGCCUGGGGCUGGGCCCUGCCUAUGGGUCCCUACAGAACCCCUACGGGAUGACCUUCCAGCCACCCCCGCCGACGCCCAGUGCUCGCCAAAUACCUGAGCCAGGGGAGCGCAGCCGGACCAUGCCCCGUACUGUGCCAGGCUCCACCAUGAAGCUGGGCUCCUUGGAGCGAAAGAAGUUGCGAUAUUCAGACCUGGACUUUGAGAAGGUGAUGCACACCCGGAAGCGGCACUCGGAACUCUACCACGAGCUCAACCAGAAAUUCCACACUUUCGACCGCUACCGCAGCCAGUCCACAGCCAAGGAGAAGCCCAGCCCUGGGGAGCAUCCCGGCUUGUCCCAACAGCGGAGACACCAGAGCUGGAGCACCUUCAAGUCGAUGACGUUGGGCUCGCUUCCCCCCAAGCCCCGAGAACGGCUGGGCCUGCACCGAGCAGCCGCCUGGGAGCCCGCAGAGCCACCUGAUGGUGACUUCCAGACAGAGGUGUGAGUGCACACCGGACUGCCCACUGCGUAUAAAUAUAUAUAUCUCUCUAUUUUCACACUCCACUUUGGAACCACCCAGGAGCCGGCGCCCCCUCCCCUCUCCCAAGGGCUGGGCAGGGAGGCGCAGUGGACUCAGCCGGGCUGGGGGAGCCAGACAUGGCAUGGCCUGGGGGGGCCAGGGCCCUUCCCUGUUUCUCAGAGGCCCCCCAUCUUCACCCCAGCUGUCUGUCCCUGUCCUGGGCUGGGGAGGGGGGAGGGAAACUUUGUCGGGAAUAAACUUCACUCUGUGGA